AUGGAUAAUAUAGCAGCAACCGAGUCGCAAUGGCUGUCUCAGCUAGCUGCGAUGCGCCAGGCCAUCGCCGAUUUGAAGCUUCCGAAAGACCUUCCCCACGAUACGAUCAGUUAUGGCAGCGACAUGGAACUGGAUAUCGACGACGAAUACUCUUCCCCCGGAACAGUGGACGACGUCUGGGAUAUCAUCAGCUCCGAUGACGAGACAGAUAGCGGUCUAGACGACUUCCACGAAUUGAAUAAUAUUCCCUCGUCUCAAAUCACGCGCUACGAUCGGGUCUGGUUGGAAAACAGAUGUCUCGAUGUCGCGACGCGGAACCCCACCAUGGACGCAGCGGAGCUUUCGCAGCAGAUUAUUGCGACACUGGCUACUGAUAGCGACGACGCGGAGCUGCAAAUGUCUCUCGCAGAAAUCGUUGGCUUUGAUGACUUGGACUUGGUCAUUGAGCUUAUCGCUCAUCGGGAGGAGAUACUCGCGGACAAACCUCAGCGAGUGGAGGCACAGACAGAUGGGCUUGCCGCCGGGAGACUUCAGACUCGAGCGGAAAGAGAGCAAGCGCUCCGGGAGCGAGACUUUCAGCACAAGAAUACACCUUUGAUGGCGGCUCAAACUCGGUCUGAGCCUCAAUACCCCCAUGUGUUCAAGCUUCAUACGUCCGGCAACCUCCUCUCCGCCAACGGGAGGAAAUACGGUUUACCUGUGGGAAGCAGAGAAAUUGAGGAACCGAAAUAUACAGAGUUUGAGAUCCCCGCCUCCAGUGUUGGAGCAGUGCGACCGAACCAGAAGCUGGUGGACAUUGCUUCGUUGGAUGGCCUCUGCCGAGGAACCUUCAAAGGUUACAAAUCUCUGAACCGCAUGCAGAGCUUACUCUAUGAAGUUGCUUACAAGACCAACGAGAAUAUGCUCAUCUGUGCGCCUACCGGCGCUGGUAAAACAGACGCCGCGAUGCUCACUAUUCUCAAUGCCGUCGGAAAGAACACUGUCCCCAAUCCACUAGAGCAACCGGAUGCGACCGAGUUCACCGUCCAAGUGGACGACUUCAAGAUCGUCUAUGUUGCUCCCAUGAAGGCUCUUGCUGCCGAAGUUACCGAGAAACUGGGCAAGCGACUUGCUUGGCUUGGAAUCCAAGUUCGUGAGCUCACCGGUGAUAUGCAGUUGACCAAGCGUGAAAUUGUCGAGACUCAGAUCAUCGUCACCACCCCUGAGAAAUGGGAUGUCGUGACUCGAAAAAGCACUGGAGACACCGAGCUUGUGCAGAAGGUGCGGUUGCUCAUCAUUGACGAAGUACACAUGCUUCACGACGAGCGUGGAGCUGUUAUUGAGUCGUUGGUCGCCCGUACCCAACGCCAAGUAGAGAGUACCCAGUCAUUGAUUCGCAUCAUCGGCCUUUCCGCUACGCUUCCCAACUAUGUCGAUGUGGCCGAUUUCUUGAAAGUCAACAAAAUGGCCGGCUUGUUCUUCUUCGAUUCCUCCUUUCGACCAGUUCCCCUGGAACAACACUUUAUCGGAGUCAAGGGCAAGCCUGGAUCCAAACAAUCCCGAGAAAAUAUUGACACUGUGGCAUAUGAAAAGGUCCGUGACAUGGUGCAGAGGGGACAUCAAGUCAUGGUGUUUGUACAUUCACGCAAGGACACGGUCCUGACAGCUCGUAUGUUGAAACAAAUGGCUGCGGAGGAUGGCUGCGAGGAUCUUUUCAGCUGUCAUGAACACGAAGAUUAUUCCAAUGCUCUGCGAGAUAUGAAACACGCCCGCGCUCGUGAGCUCCGUGAUCUCUUUGCUAGCGGCUUAGGGACCCAUCACGCUGGUAUGAGUCGCAGUGACCGCAAUCUUAUGGAACGCAUGUUCUCGGAGGGGUUGAUCAAGGUUCUCUGCUGUACUGCUACUCUUGCAUGGGGUGUGAAUUUGCCGGCCGCAGCUGUCGUUAUCAAGGGAACUCAGCUAUACAACCCACAGGAGGGUAAAUUCGUCGACCUUAGCAUCCUCGAUGUGCUGCAGAUCUUUGGUCGUGCUGGUCGUCCACAAUUCCAGGAUACCGGUAUUGGCUUCAUCUGCACCACCCAUGACAAGCUGCAGCAUUAUCUAUCUGCCGUGACCGCACAGCAACCCAUUGAGUCGCGAUUCUCAGCUCGCCUGGUUGAUAAUUUGAAUGCUGAGAUUGCCCUGGGAACCGUGACCUCCAUUUCAGAAGCUGUGCAGUGGCUAGGCUAUUCAUACCUGUUUGUUCGCAUGAAACGUGAGCCUCGCAACUACGGUAUUGAGUACGCGGAGCUUCGCGAUGACCCAAUGUUGGUGCAGAGACGCCGACAAUUGAUUAUUCAAGCUGCGCAGACACUAGCCAAAAGUCAGAUGAUCAUCUUCAACGAGAAAACCGAAGAUCUCAAGGCCAAGGAUGUUGGUCGCAUUGCAAGUCAGUACUACGUGCUGCAAACGAGUAUUGAGAUCUUCAACGACCAGAUGCGUCCUCGCUCGGGAGAAGCGGAUGUUCUCAGAAUAAUCAGUCUAAGCGGCGAAUUCGAUAAUAUUCAAUCUCGUGACAGCGAGUCAAAGGAAUUGCAACGGCUGCGUGAUGAAGUCACCCAGACCGAGGUCGAGGGAGGAAACGAUUCCCCACACGCAAAGACUAACAUCUUGCUGCAAUCCUACAUUUCUCGUGCCAGGAUCGAAGACUUUGCUCUAGUUUCCGACAUGGGUUAUGUUGCACAAAAUGCAGCUCGUAUCUGUCGGGCCCUUUUCAUGAUCGCCCUGAAUCGCCGUUGGGGCUACCAGUGCCAGGUCCUGCUGUCCUUGUGUAAAUCCAUUGAGAAGCAGAUCUGGCCCUUUGACCAUCCCUUCCACCAAUUCGACUUGCCACAGCCUGUUUUGAGGAACCUCGACGAAAGGCUGCCCACGUCAUCGAUUGAGUCCAUGCGGGAGAUGGAACCGACUGAGAUCGGACAGCUUGUCCAUAAUCACAAGAUGGGUAAGGUGCUGUCCAAACUUCUGGACAAUUUCCCCACUUUGAGUGUGGAGACCGAGAUUGCGCCUCUGAACCGGGAUGUCCUUCGCAUUCGUCUCGCUAUCUACCCCGAGUUCAGCUGGAACGAUCGCCACCAUGGAGCUUCCGAGUCUUUCUGGGUCUGGGUUGAAAACUCGGAGACUUCGGAGAUAUACCACCACGAAUAUUUCAUUCUCAGCCGCAAGAAGCUUUAUGACGACCACGAACUGAACUUUACCAUUCCAUUGUCCGACCCACUGCCGAGCCAGAUUUACGUUCGCAUUAUCUCCGAUCGCUGGCUCGGUGCAGAGACUGUGAGCCCCGUGUCCUUCCAGCAUUUAAUCCGCCCAGACACGGAAAGUGUAUACACCGAUUUGUUGAACUUGCAGCCGCUUCCCAUCUCUGCUCUCCAGAAUCCAAUCUUGGAAGAAGUGUAUAGCCAGCGGUUCCAAUUCUUCAACCCUAUGCAAACUCAAAUCUUCCAUCUGCUAUAUCACACGUCAUCCAACGUCCUCCUUGGAUCGCCCACAGGUAGUGGAAAGACCGUGGCGGCUGAAUUGGCAAUGUGGUGGGCAUUCCGCGAGAAGCCCGGAUCUAAGGUUGUGUAUAUCGCUCCUAUGAAGGCCCUUGUUCGUGAGCGCGUGCAAGACUGGCGCAAACGCCUUACCGGGCCGAUGGGUCUGAAGCUUGUGGAGCUGACUGGUGACAACACCCCGGAUACUCGAACUAUCCGAGACGCAGACAUCAUCAUCACCACUCCUGAAAAGUGGGACGGUAUUUCUCGUAGCUGGCAGACCAGAGAUUACGUGCGCAAGGUCAGUCUUGUGAUUAUCGAUGAGAUUCAUCUGUUGGGAGGCGACCGAGGCCCUAUCUUGGAAAUCAUUGUGUCUCGUAUGAACUACAUUGCUUCCCAGUCCAAGGGCUCCGUCAGACUGAUGGGUAUGUCCACUGCCUGUGCCAAUGCCACCGAUCUGGCCAACUGGCUUGGUGUCAAGGAAGGACUCUACAACUUCCGCCACUCCGUGCGCCCAGUCCCCCUUGAGAUUUAUAUCGACGGCUUCCCUGAGCAGCGUGGCUUCUGCCCACUGAUGCAGUCUAUGAAUCGACCGACGUUCUUGGCUAUUAAGAACCACUCCCCCGAGAAGCCCGUCAUUGUCUUCGUUGCAUCCCGUCGACAGACUCGUCUCACUGCCAAGGACUUGAUCAACUAUUGUGGUAUGGAAGAUAAUCCUCGUCGCUUUGUCCGAAUGUCCGAGGACGACUUGGAGUUGAACCUCGCGCGAGUCAAGGAUGACGCCCUUCGAGAAGCUCUCAACUUCGGCAUUGGCUUGCACCAUGCUGGUCUGGUGGAGUCUGAUCGACAGCUAGCCGAGGAGCUGUUUGCCAACAACAAGAUUCAGGUUUUGGUCGCAACCAGUACUCUGGCUUGGGGUGUCAACCUUCCUGCUCACCUUGUUGUGGUCAAGGGUACCCAAUUUUUCGAUGCCAAGAUUGAAGGCUACCGUGACAUGGACUUGACUGAUGUUCUCCAAAUGCUUGGUCGUGCCGGUCGUCCGCAGUUUGACAAUUCGGGCAUUGCCCGCAUUUUCACCCAAGACUCGAAGAAGGCUUUCUAUAAGCAUUUCCUACACACCGGUUUCCCUGUCGAGUCUACACUGCACAAGGUUUUAGACAACCACUUGGGCGCCGAGGUUUCUGCCGGAACGAUAGGCACCAAGCAAGAUGCGCUUGACUACUUGACCUGGACAUUCUUCUUCCGUCGUCUCCACAAGAAUCCCUCAUACUAUGGCCUUGAAAUCUCUGCCGAAGACCAGAACACGAUGGCUGCUCAGGCUACGGCUCAAGAGUUCAUGAUUGACCUUGUUGAUAAGUCGCUCAAUGACUUGGCGGAGUCAUCUUGCGUGCUCGUGGACUCUGCGACCGGAGAAGUUGAUUCUACCCCCUUCGGCAAGAUCAUGAGUUACUACUAUCUAUCGCACAAGACUAUCCGGUACUUGAUGUCUCAUGCAAAGCGUGAGCCUACUUUCCAGGAUGUCCUGAGCUGGAUGUGCUCUGCCACUGAAUUCGACGAGCUGCCUGUCCGUCACAACGAAGAUCUCAUCAAUGCCGAGUUAGCUCAGAAUCUCCCCCUCUCCACCGAGUCCAUGGGGGACAUCCCCAUGUGGGAUCCCCAUGUCAAGGCCUUCCUCUUGCUACAGGCGUACAUGUCCCGCAUCGAUCUACCCAUUUCUGAUUACGUCGGCGACCAGACAUCCGUUCUGGACCAGGGUAUUCGUAUCAUCCAAGCCUCCAUCGAUGUGAUGGCCGAGCUUGGGUAUAUCCCCGCGUGCGAAAUGUUUGUGACUCUCCUGCAGUGCAUCAAGUCCGCCCGCUGGCCAGAGGAUCAUCCCUUGUCCAUUCUGCCUGGUAUCCCUGUUGAAAAGCCGCCUCGGGGCCUUCCAGCUUCACUCGUCAAACUCUCUUCGCAGCCCAAGUCUGCCUUCUUCGACCUGGCUAAGAAGUUCAACUUGCAUCCCGGAUUCAGCAAAGCAGCUUCUCAACUGCCGAAUGUUUCUAUCGCCGUUACCGGUAUUACUGCCAAAGGGUUGAGUGUUUCCAUCACCCGUCGCAAUCCAUCAGCAAACCAGGAACACCGCAUCUAUGCCCCCAAGUUCCCGAAGCCACAGACCGAGGGCUACUUCCUCAUUGUUUGCAGUGCCCGCCCCAAUGGCUCGGAUGGCGACUUGCUUGGCCUGAAACGAGUUUCGUGGCCAUCCUUCUCGAAGCAAAAUGGCCACUCCAAGAUCCGCGGCGGUGCUGGUGUUGGUUCUAGCCGAGGAGGAGCUUCCCACGGCAAGGGCCGGGGUGACAGUGGCCCGCUCAGCGUGCGCUCUCUAGUUAAAUUCCCAAGCGCGGCAUUCGCUGAGUCCUUGUCCCUGACCACCGGUGGUGUUACUCGGGUCAAUGUCAAGGUCAUCAGUGAUUCUUAUCCUGGCAUGCAGUGGACGCUGCUUAACGUGGAGGUUGGAGUGGCAUCGAGUGUACCGACACAGUCGGUUGAGCCGUCGUCUAGCAUGAGCCUCAAAGAGUGA